CACACUGCGUGUUAUUGUCGGUGUGUGUUAUCUACUCUGAAAGGUUCUUUCGAUAACAGAGAGUUAGGAUUAUACAGAAAAGAUGACUAGUUCACUAACGAAAUUCUAUAAUUUAAGGAAAAUACUUCCAAUUUGUCGUCUGCACAACAGAUGUCUAUCAAUAAGUGCAGCUAAUAGACCAAUUGAUGUUAGAAUCGUUGAAGUUGGUCCAAGAGAUGGAUUACAAAAUGAGCCAAAAAUACUGCCGGCAAAUGUGAAAAUUGAACUAAUCAAUCGAUUGUCGGAUACCGGUCUGAAGACAAUUGAGGUGACAAGUUUUGUUAGUCCAAAGUGGGUUCCGCAAAUGGGAGAUAACUCUGAGGUGUUCAAAGGAAUUGAAAAGAAACCAGGAGUUUCAUAUCCUGUGCUGACUCCGAACCUGAAAGGAUUUGAGGCUGCUCUGAAUGCUGGUGCAGAAGAAGUAGCAGUUUUCGGCGCAGCAUCCGAAUCGUUUUCACAGAAAAAUGUUAAUUGUUCGACGGCCGAGAGUAUCGAACGAUUCCGUGAAGUCUUGGAAGCAGCAAAACGAAACAAUGUUAAGGUUCGUGGCUAUGUAUCGACCGUUGUUGGCUGUCCAUACGAAGGUCGUAUAUCGCCGAUCGCUGUGGCCAAAGUUGUGGAAAAACUGCUGGACAUGGGAUGUUACGAGAUAUCUUUAGGCGAUACAAUUGGUGUGGCAACUCCCGGUACUAUAAGCAAAAUGCUAAAGGAAGUGCUGAACGUAGCUGAUGUUAAGCAAUUAGCAAUUCAUUGCCAUGAUACGUACGGCCAGGCGUUAUCAAAUAUUUUAACAUCUUUAGACUACGGAAUAUCCGUAGUGGAUUCUUCGGUGUCGGGAUUGGGUGGCUGUCCGUAUGCGAAAGGAGCAUCUGGUAAUGCGGCCACAGAGGACGUCGUUUACAUGUUACAUGGAAUGGGUUGCAAUACUGGAAUCCAUUUACCAGAUUUGGUGAUGGUUGGACGCUUUAUCUGUGAGAAAUUAGAGCGCGAAUCUGAAUCGAAAGUUACGCGGGCGAUGAAAAAUGUGCAACCAAUGACUUGCCGGGGAUCGGCUUGAUGAUUAUUUUGGUGAUUUGUUCAUUUGUUUUGUUGACGAUUUUAGAGGCCUGUUCCACGGCCGUUCAAUGCAUUUAUUUUGUUAAUAUUAAAGGGCAGAUGUUUUGUCUCGUUAAAA